UGUGUCACACGCGAUCAGUGCUCUGCGGGUUGUCGAGCGUGUUAUUUUGUCUACCAAAGAGUCUCUGGAGGAUGCCCUCACGCUGGCCUCCGCUGGGCCUCCAGCUGCUGGUGCUGGUUUCACUGUCCUCUGCGGGCGCCGCCAUCAGGUGCCCGGAGGCUUGCCGCUGCGGCCAGUCUCGCACGCGCACCGCCGCCGACUGCUCCAGCUCGUCGCUGAGCAGCGCCCCGGCCGGCCUGGACUCCGCCACCACCAUCCUGGACCUGUCCUACAACCGGCUGGCGGUGCUGCGCAACGGCUCCCUCAGUCGGGUGUCCUCCAGCCUCCAGAAGCUGGUGCUGCUGGAGAACGUCAUAGCCGAGGUCGAGUCGGGGGCCUUCCAGGGUUUCUCGCAGCUGUGGUGGCUCAGCCUGGAGAACAAUGCCCUGCGCAGCCUGCAUCCUUACACGUUUUCGGGCGCACCGAAGCUGUGGAAGCUGAUCCUCAGUGGGAACCCUCUGCACCUCCCACUGGAUGGUGAGCCAUUUCUGGUGGCCCCAGACCUGAGGAUUCUGGAACUCAGCCGGUGUGGCAUCGCUACUGUGCCGCCUGCUACCGUCCGGAACCUCACCGGCCUCUGGACACUGCGUCUCAAGGAGAACCGCCUGCGUGCAGUGGACGGCCUGACGGACCUCCCGGAGCUGGAAGUUCUCGAUCUCCACGGGAAUGAGAUCGUCUCCAUCCGACCGGACGCGUUCGUCACUGUGCCCAAGCUGAAGCAGCUGAAUGUGAGCAGCAACCCACUGCUGGUGCCGUCCAGCGGAACAUUUCUGAACGCGGCCCACCUGUCCUUUCUGGAUCUGAGUCAAACUAACGUGACGCGUCUGGGUCCCGAUGUCUUCAGCGGAACGCCAGCGCUCACUGUCCUCAGGAUAAGCAAGACGCCGCUGAGCUGGAUCGACUCACGAGCGUUCUCCAACCUGUCCCAGUUGGAGAGGGCCGCUCUCGACAACAACGCCAUCUCGACGCUGGACGCGAAUACUUUCUCGAGCAACGGCCAGCUUCUCGAGCUGGACCUGAGCGGCAACGGGCUGGAGGUGGGGGCGGAGAGUGUGCUGCUGCGGGCGGCGGCGCUGACGCGGCUGGAGGUGGGCGGCGCGCGCAUGCCCGCGCUGGGGGCCGACACCUUCCGGGGACUCCCCGCGCUCAGCGUGCUGGGCGCGCCCGCCUGCGGGCUGGCCAGCCUCGAGGACGACGCCUUCGCCACCCUGCCCGACCUGUACGAGCUGCACCUGCAGGACAACCUGCUCACCGCGCUGCCGGACGCCGCCUUCAGCCGCUGCCACCGGCUCGCCGAGGUGAACCUACGUGGCAACAGGCUGCUGCAGCUGUCGUCGUUCCCAGCGGCUCCAGCACUGGAGCGCCUGGACUUGGGCCACUGCGGCCUGGAGGGUGAGCUGCCUUCGUUUGGGGCCGCGCCCAGGCUGCGCCGCCUGCUGAUCGACGGCAACCGGCUGACCAGCCUGGACGCUGAAGGCCUGACGGCUACACUGCCCCAGCUGCGGCGGCUGGACGUGCAGAACAACCCCUGGAGCUGCGACUGCAGGCUCAGGCCUCUGUGGCGCUGGUGCCACGCUGCGGCUGCAGUCAGGAGCCCAGCUGUGCAGGUCUUGGGGAGGCCGAUCGACAUUGGAGAAGACGCAACUCGCUGUCCAGAGGACGUGAUGUGCGGACAAGCACAGCACGAGCACUGGGACCUGCUGGAGACUCUGCGCUGCCCAGGAGACCCAGAGUCUGGAGAGGUCUUCGCUGAACACGACCCUAACCUGGACGUGGAGAUGAUCAGCAUGUCAGGGCGGCAGCGCUCAGCACGGCGCGCCUGAGCUCCCAAGGGAUGCUGUUUGGGUUUCUGUAAAUGCCAUUUGUGGGAAUCACAAGUUACACUGUGCUGCUAUCCUAUGCUCUGGCUGGCUGUACUGAAAUUGAUGUCAUGCAUAAUGUACCAAGCUAUUGCUCUGAGAAUUACAGAGGAAUGGACAGGGAUUUUAGUCUCUACUCUACAGUUCAGUUCACAGAAGUUCUAAGGGCCAAGAUGAGAGACAGACCAAGCGGUAAUUCUAAGGAUGAUUGCCAUAGAUCACGAUCUUCUGGCUUUCUGUGGUCUUGAGGGACGCCCUGUCUGCCCUAAGAACUAGUUAAUCUGAGGUCGAUGGGUAUAAUGCGAUGGGGUGGGUAUAUAAAUCUCCACUCUGUUGGAAGACCCAAGGACUCUGAUGCUCAUAUAACAAAUUUUAUCUCUAGUUAUGUUGAACUUGCUAUGUUGGAACAGGUAUCUAUCUAUACCCCUUCGAUGUGUGAUUUCCUCGGGGAAAUGAUGCAUUACAUUCCAAGAAGUGUAUGUCGAGGCGAUGGAAAACUGUGCUGUAUCAGAGUUGCUCCUCCUGUGGUAACAGUGACUCACAUUGAAAGGAAAUCUUUUUAUAGUCGGUCACAUCAGUAACAGAAAAUAAUACCGUUUUUGCCACGAAGAUGGACUGUUGACAUGACCACUCACGAUAAAUGCUUUCUGAUUAAUGAAAGAGCGUUGUAAACACCAGUUCGUAAGAAAACUACUUUCAUAUAUGGUAGGAAGCCAAGGUUGAAACUUCUCGACUUAGCAAAGGAAGAUUUUCUUUAUUAUGAAUAAAAUGCUCUUUUCUGUUUAAAUGUAGACCACUUUUCAAUCAACCCACAUUAUGCGUAAUUUUUCCAGUCAACAGAUUCCAUUACUGAAAUGCAGUUUUGGAAGGGAUUGCAAAAAAACACUAUUUAUGUACCCUAAUCGCUUCGUUAAAAUAAUAAAGACAAAGGUUUUUCUUUUUAUAGAUUUGAUACAGGUGUAAAUGAGGGUAUCAGACAUGUUAGAGUGAAUGUUUCAAAGUUUCAUACUUCAGGUCACUCAGUUUUGUUAGAGUGAAUCUUUCAAAGUUUCAUACUUCAGGUCACUCAGUUUUCCAACUGCCAAAGAACAAUGCAGGAAAGAAUAUCUGUUGUGGUGAAAGACGAUUUUUUUUUUUUUUUUUUUUUUUUUUUUUUUUUUUUUUUUUUUUUUUUUUUUUGCAGCCCAGGUCUCCUGUCAUCAUUUUUUCUUACAUUUCAUCUAGGAAACUUAGGUAUUUUGAAACUUGAAAGUUGUCUUUUUAACCUCUACAAGGCUCCCUUUUGAAUUCUAAACCAUAACCUUCCUGACAUCGACUCUGACACUGGAAUUCAUUCACUACUUUGAUUUGUGUUGUGUUUCUUGCUUCAAGUGUUGGACCUCUCUCUACCACAGUAGCAUAUUUGUAUACGAAAUCAGGUGAAAUAUUGUGAACAUUGCUGAGAUAUUCGUUCUUACUUUUGCUUUUGGCUAGCGUUCUAUUGCAUAAUGCAUAAAUCUUUCUCAUAGUUAAUUAUUCAAUUCAAAUGUACUGUAUAGAUUUUUCGGAUAUUACUUUGUUGAAAGCUGUGACAAUAGAUUAAUCUCCGCAGCCUGUCCCGUAAUAUUAUUAAUUCACAUGCUUUUAUUGGUCGUAUGAGCACAGGAUUUAUCGUCUGCUUAAUAUAUAUAUAUAUAUAUAUAUAUAUAUAUAUAUAUAUAUAUAUGUGUGUGUGUGUGUGUGUGUGUGUGUGUGCGUGCGUGUGUGUGUGUGUGUGUGUAUUGUGUGUGUAAAUUAAAUAAGAUCUAUCCUAAACUAAUGCAUCGCAGCAAUCUGUUUGCUGUUGCUUUUCUGUUUCCCUGCGUCUGCAUUGCUACAGCUGAUGCUUCUGAGGCCUUUGGGUAUCAGCCACAAGAAAUCUCAUAUGAUGACAUGCCAUAGGGCUGUAGAAAGAUGUGGUUGAUGAAAUACGCCGCUAGAGAUUCGUUUCUGUCUGACGGGGUUUGCAAGAAUGGUCACGAUUUGAGCGUCUAGUAGAUGUGUCUGAGUGAAGCAAAGAGAGCUCAAAGUACUACUUUUGUAGACAGCUUCCACUAAGGAACUUGUUGUUUUUCAGCCGCCAUGUCUCUGACCUUGCCUUGGUUGUAAACGAUUUUUACGCAGAUACUAGUUAAUUAAACUCAAAAAAAGCUUUAUAUAAGAGGACUUUGUAUGGCGUGACGUACUUGUGAAAGAAAAGAUUGUGACAAUGGCUGAAUGUUCGCAAUUCCUUUGUAAAUUAAUUUAUUAUGCUUCAAAUUAACCAUUGCAAAUGAAUUGUUUAUUAAUAUGAAAUAAAAACUCUUCACUCA